AUGGCGGUGAUUUGCGUACAUGAAAAGGCUGUUAAUUCUCCGCGGUCUUCGAUGGUGAAGCCAUCGAGAUCAAGACAUACAUCGCGAGUGAACGGUGGAGCGGAGAAGAAAGAAUUGCAACUGGUGGAUGAAGUUGGUGGAAAUGAUGGUAGUGAUGAGCCGGAAGCCAUGGAAACCGACUGCAUUGUGCUGUCUGAGGAAGUAGCUGGUGAUGACGAAAAAGAAGUAAAAAAGGAGGCUGAAACAUCCCAGGAAGCGGAACAUGCUGCAGCUUCGAAGGCUAAAACUGCUUCGAAGGAAAUGGCUGCCGGUGCUGCUUCUGCUGCUGCAGGAGAUGAAAAGAAAUGA